ACUUCUUCAUGGAGUCAUCCAUGUCUCUCUCAUAAUGAUGCAUCCAUUUACCCCCCACAAACCUGAAAGCAGUGACUAGAUAGGAGCAAUGCCUUUACCUCCGCAGGUAGUACGUAAGCUGAGAAUUCAAGGAUAAAAGAUUGUAUAUUGCUAAAACUCUCACCUGGCUUGUUCUGCAGGGAAUGCUUUUUCGUACUGCAUGUGUUCAACCUGGAAGAUUUAGAGUUCCAGGAGAUCACUGAGUCAGAUAAUUUGGGUGAAGAUUUUAUAAAUGUCAAAAAUUGCAUUGUGGCCAAAUAAUUUGAAAUAAAAAUUUAUUUUCUGUCCUCAUAGAUAUAGAACACCCAUAGGUAGGUCCAGGGGAAAAUUAUAACUGCUAAAUUACAGAAAAAAAAAAAAUAGAAAGACUCACUGGCUUCCUCCUGUCCGAAGUUUCCUGUGUUCUCUCUCUCAUAAUACAAUAAGACAUCCCAGACACCACAUUUCUGGGGAUUACCUUUCUUGGGGUUGAAGCCUUUGGCCUCAUUCUUUUCCUCACAGUUAGACUGUCCAUAAGCCCCUGGAAAGACACUGUCUGUCAUGUCUUGUUGCUUAAAUAUUGUGAUCGAGCCUGUGAAUAAUCUCUUAACUGCUUUGACAUGUUCAUAAUAGCUUUUGUUCUACUCUGUACCAAUCCAUUUCCAUUAAAGUCCCCUGACAUGGUGUGUUCCAGCUUGGACAUGGUACUAUGAUAGUUUGUCCAAAGAUACUAUGGAAAAAUCAGACCACUGCCUUUAGCUUUUGUGAAUGGCAACUAUGGUUUGGAAAGUGAAAAUGACCCCUCUGUGGCAAAAGACCUUUUUCUCCUUGGCUUGUGGUUUUUUUUCCGCCUUUGGUGGAAGUUGUUGUGAAAAGCGGUCAGCUGAACUGGCGUUACCCUGCAGAGUGACGUGUUCGUGUCGGGCUUCUUCAGCUGUGCUGUGUGCAGUGAAGGCUGCGUUAACACCAGAUGCCAAUCAUACACCACCAGUGGAUUUGCAAGAUUAUAGGACAGGAAAAAAAGAUGAAGGUUAAGCAUGGGGCACAAUAGAGAUUACUUAUGGUAAUGAAUUGUAUAAUUUUUCUAGACAGAUCUGGAUUAAUGUUUAUCCCAGGCAAAAGAUUACUGUAUGUCUGAUUCUAGUUGUAAACAGACAUUAUUAAACAGAAGGUUUAUGUUCAUGAAAUGCGACUAUGGGUGUUAAAGCACUUAUGAUUUAUUAUGUGCAAAAAGAAAAAUUAACCUGUUCAUCUGCUAUAGUACAAGAUGCGCUGUGGGUUUUUGCAUAAUUUGAAAGGCAUCUGCUCCUUUGGAAUACAAAUAACCAGUGAGAUGAGAAAGAUUCUCCUCUCAUUUACACGGGUUCAAUGCCUCACACUGCAGUGAUGUUGAAAUGGUGUAACCAAGAAAAGAAUAGUCUUGUGUGCUUUUAUAAAGCAGUAUAUUUCUGUGAGAGAUCAUGUUGACAAAGUCUGUUUGCUUGUGAAUCUUUAGGGUAUUUUCUUUAUAACUAAAAAAAAAAGAAAAGAAAAAGAAAAAAAAAAAAAGUCAUGUUCAGAGACCUUUACAAAUUACCUUACUGGGGUUUCCAAAAAAACUCCCUUUCACUACAUGAAAGACUAAUGUUUAGAGACAUUGAAUUUAAUUUUUUUUAAUUGAACAUUUUCCAAAAUACUUAGGUUGAAGCUCAUUUUUCUCCUGCUUUAUUGCAUCACUGCUGCAUAGCACAAGUGAGACAUAGAUACAGCAUCCACAUUUUUUAGUAUUGUCUUGCUAAAUAAGCUAAAUAAUCACACCUGAGUCAGUGCCUUCUGUGUUUUAGGUCAGAUGAAAAAUAUUCCCUUAAGGAAACUGUAAAAAAACUCGAAAACUAUGUUUUUUUGGUGAAGUAGAUGUUGCAACUCUAUUACUUGUUAACAAGAAAUUAUCUUUUCUCUGUGAAAGCAAGGAAAAAUUACAGUUAUCAAAAUCUGUUCGUUCUAUUUAUGGGAUGUAUUUGUAGCCAGCUGAUUUUUGCAUAAUGCCAUUUGAAAUUAUCCAUUUAACAAUGAUGGAUGAUACAACUGUGUUGCUCUCCCUCCACUUUGUAACUGAUCCAUCUACUUAUAGAUUGCAUUGGACAUGUUGCUGAUGCUUUAUUUGUAAAAUUCACUCACAUAUGUGAGAAAUUUGUUCGUUAAGUCUUACUGACUUCACAGAGGCUUCUCAGACAAGUAAAGACAUUCCUCUAUAAAAGCAAAACCAGCCCAAUAUGUGGAGUGAAAAGACCUGGGAAUAUCGUGAGGUUUGUUAGACUAAUUGGAAUUUAAGCAGUUAGACUAGAACUGAAUAAAAUGUAAUCUGUAAGGCAUUCUGAAUGCUUAAAUUAAAAAAGUUAAAUUUCCAUCAAAACACUUCAUAGUGCUCUUUUAUAUUUCUUAGCUAUAUUUUGCAUUUGGUACAACAAAAUAUUUGUCAUUAGUAAAAUAUAACUCUAAUGCUUGUAAUAUUUUCCAUAAUUAUCAAAUUUUACAACUUCUGUGAAGUGUGAGUCCAGAGUUAAAGUUCAUAAGCAAAUGAAUUAAGCAGUAAAAGUUUCUGUGGGCUUUGUUAAUCAUUCCGUUUAGAAUCCAAAGUUGAUGAAGACUUCUGGAGAUACCCAGGAUGCAGGUGAGAGUCCCUCAGGAAAUGGAGUUGGCUGCAGUGCUCUGCCUGAACAUUUGUGCAGAAAAGCGCUGGAUUUGGGGAUGCACUGAAAUACGAGCGGCCGCUCUUUUCUUUGCUGUGUGUUAGCAGACAUUGAUAAGUCGUGGAGAUGACCUCCAUAUCCCAAAGAGACAGAAAGCUAGAAAUGAAGACACAUUUCUGUUAUCAGUCUGCUGUGGGUCGUAAGUUGAACUGGUGUUAUAUUUUCCUCUGAAAGCCACGUAGCCUUGACACAGUGUUUAACAGUGUUAAGCUUAUUGCUGCUGAGCUAAACAUGUCUGAAGCGAACGAUGACCCUCACGUCUUUGCAAUAGCAAAAUGUCUCCCUGAUGUGAUCCCGAAGACUUGGAGCAUUAAGUUAAUUUUCCCCUGGAUUUCUGAGCUGCCUUCUUUUUACCCGGCGGAGCGCUUGUGAAGAAUACAGCUUCUGACCGAAUGACAGAACAUGGAGGGUGAAAUUAGAUGCAUUCAAUUAGAAGAUGACAAAAAGCCUAUCUAAAUAUUUGUCAGGAUGUUACUUACAGGACGUAGUCUCCAGCCAGGGAAGUGAAAGGUGGACACUCUCAGGACUUAAUAGUCUGGGGGGGAAAAAGUGGGUAAAUCAUCCAGAUUUUUUACAGGCUUGAAAGGGAUAAUUGAGGGUAUCAAGUUGGCUGCUAUGCUUCCAGGGGUAUUGAUCCCUCUCAUGUAAUCUCAGAUUAGUUCUUUGCUUUUACUCACUUAAUACAGAAUUAAACAUUACAAAGUUUUCUGGACAAUUUGAGUAAAUAAUGUAAUUAUUUACUCAAAGUAAUUAUUUGACCACUAGAGGAUGAUUCAUGCAGUGGUUUCUGAGAGUUAUUGAAGAAAGAGGGGCUCCAUCUUCUUCUCAGUAUAAAAAAAAAAACAAAAACAUGCUAUAAAACAAUCAAAUAAAAUGCCAAAGCCACAAAACUUAAGGAAAUGAAAAAGGUGCAGCAAACUGUUGGCUGUGAGACUGUUGGACAAGAAGAUGUACAGAAGAUGUACUGGUUUUUCAGAGAACAAAAGGAUGUUCUUGGAAACUGAAAUUUGAAGUUAGUAGUCAGUUAAACAGAAAGAGAUCAAAAUAUGCAGCUUGGUUUAGCCACAUCUGUUUAUCUGUAAAUUAAAUUUAUAAUAUUUUUUUUAAGUAAAUGAGCAAAUAUCUGGCUUAUAUUUUCCUGUUCAAAAAGUUUAAAUUAUGAAAGUAAAAUUAAAAGUAAAUGCAGUAUACCAUGGUUAUUUUAAUUUUUUUUCAUUUGUGUUACAGCAGUUCAAGGGGGAAUGUGACUAUGAUAGGGUUAAUCCAGCUACAUAAAAAUCCAUGCUGUGUAUGAUAGUAGUAAAGCUUGUGAUCCCUUGAUCUUUGAUUAGAUCCAAGCUAGUAAAUAUCUUGUGUUUAAUCAGAAUGAGUUGUUCUGCAUGUAGUAUAAGUCACCUUCACAGAUGGGAUAUAGCAGCAGAGUUGUUUGUGAAUAUUUGUUUUAAUCCCUUCCAGAACAAGCAUGCUUUAUGUUUCUUUGUUGUAAAUCAGAUUCGAGCAACUAAAGAUCAGCAUGAAGGAAAGAUAUUUACUUGCAGUCUGAAGUGGGACAAUGUGGGAACCUUUUUUGCUUUUAAAGAAAAACAUAACAUAGUAGAUUCCUAAAAGGUAUUUUAUACUAUUCCGUAAAGAUAACUAACACACCAUGGCAGCUUUUUUUAACUGGGAUGCAAACAUCAAUACCUGUACUUUCUUCUUAAACUGUCCAGAUACAUUUCUAUCUUAGACUAUAAAUAUAAAGAGACUAAGAUUUAUUACAGUUAAUAUUCAGUCUGUAUUAUUAUCCUAUAUUUUAAAGAUAUUUAGUUAGAAUGGGUGUUCUCUGUGCUGGUAAGCUGAAAUUACUAAAAUGUUAUCUGUAAGGAUACUUGUUUUGUGUGGUGUGUCGGCGUCCUAUUUACCUAAAUCUGUCAUAAUUGCCUUCCAAUAGAUCUUCCUCUGACACACCAAAUAUUGAAAACGAGAUGGCUCUUUGCUGGGAGCUUUUCUACCGAAUGUCAUUUUUCUGUGUUCGUAACUUGAUGGUAAUAACUGGACGACCUAUAGUUAAAUGUGUCUCAAUUUCUCUCACUUAUUUUUCCUAAUCACCACAUGGAGCCUUCAGUGCUCAGAGGUGUGAUUAGAUUUAACCUGCCAUCAUAUCUGAAGAACUUUCUGUACAACAUAUUAUACACUGCAGGAAUUAUAGAUGUAAAUGGUGGGUCUAAGUGUAAUAUAUAAAUAGAUAUAAAGAUUAGUUGCUCUCAUGCCAAAGUUAACUCCUGUUUAUUUUCUUUCUUCUGUUUUUAACAGAAAGACUGGAGAGCCUCCACUAAUAAAUGGCUGGAUUCCUUACCUUGGGAAAGCUCUGAUAUUUAGAAAAGAUGCUUACAAAUUCUUACUGGAUCAGCAAAAGAAAUUUGGAGAUAUUUUCACUGUACAUAUUGCUGGUAGGUAUAUUACCUUUAUCAUGGACCCAUUUCAAUAUGUCUAUGUCAUCCGAAAUAGUAAGCAACUUGAAUUUCAUGAAUUCGCUAAUAAAAUGGCAUCCAAAACUUUUGACUACCCAGCCUUGUCAAAAGGAAAAUUCCCUGAACUCAAGGAAAACCUGCACAGAAUCUACCAGUAUCUACAAGGCAAGCCUUUGGAUAUCAUUUCUGACCACAUGAUGAAAAAUCUCCAGGAUAUAUUUGAAUGGAAAUGCUCACAAGCAACAGAUUGGGAAACAGAAAAAAUGUACAAAUUCUGCUGCUCUGUAAUGUUUGAAGCCAGUUUUGUAACACUAUAUGGAAGAGUUCCUGCUGCAGAUGGCCACAAAGUUAUUAGUGAAAUCAGAGACAAAUUUAUCAAGUUUGAUGCCAGCUUUCCCUAUUUAGCUGCAAACAUACCAAUUGAGUUGCUAGGAGCUACCAAGAAGGUUCGGAAGGAGCUUAUACAUCAUUUUUUACUUCAGAACAUGACAAAAUGGCUGGGAGGGUCAAAAGUGGUCCAAGCCAGACAAGAUAUAUUUGAGAAAUAUGAGCUGCUUGGAGAUUAUGACAAAGCAGCACAUCAUUUUGCCUUCCUGUGGGCCUCUGUGGGAAACACGAUUCCAGCUACAUUCUGGGCCAUGUAUUAUCUUCUGCGGCACCCAGAAGCUCUUGCAGCGGUGCGUGACGAGAUUGACCAUUUGCUGCAGUCAACAGGUCAAAAGAGAGGGCCCACAUAUAACAUCCACCUCACCAGAGAACAAUUGGACAACCUGGUCUACCUAGAAAGUGCCUUAAACGAGAGUUUAAGAAUGUGCUCUUCCUCUAUGAACAUCCGCAUCAGCCAAGAGGAUUUUGUUCUCAAGCUUGAAGGGAAUCAAGAAGUCGUUUUGAGGAAAGGAGACUGGAUAGCCCUCUACCCGCAGAUUUUGCACAUGGACCCUGAGGUCUAUGAAGAUCCUAAGGAGUAUAAGUUCGAUCGAUACAUAGAGAAUGGCAAGAAGAAAACCGCAUUCUACAAGGCAGGAAGAAAACUGAAGUAUUUCCUAAUGCCCUUUGGCUCUGGGAUCAGCAUGUGUCCAGGGAGGUUCCUCGCAAUGAAUGAGAUGAAGAUGUUUCUUUUCAUACUAUUGUCUCAUUUUGAUGUAGAACUAGCAGAAAACAAAGCUGUCAGACUUGAUAACAGUCGCAUGGGCCUUGGUAUCCUCCUGCCAGACGUUGAUAUUGCCUUUCGUUACAAGCUAAGGUCCUUAAGAAAUUGAGCAGCUGCCUAUAUCCCUUCCACUAAUCUCCAUGUUUGCUCUGUUUCUUCACUCAGCUUUAUAUUUUUGGAAACGUUUGCUUUUCCCUCUCUGCUUUUACCUCCUUCCUUUUUGUUUCUAAGGAGAAAAGCUGUUGGGCUGGAGGUAGAGACAAGAUGCAGGGACGUGCAACCUCAAUUUGUCCUGCUUGAGUUGUGAGAAGUGAGGCGACGUGACAAGAGUCUGGCCAAGUAAAUAGCCCAGCAUCUCUACAAGGUGCAUCCCCAUACUCUUGGUCGAGAGAUGAGCAGGAUUUACAGGGAGGAUGAAUCCAGGCCACUUACAUAAAUAUCAGCAUCUCCUCCUAGAAGUGUAAUAACAAAGAAGGGGGGGGCUUCUUGUAAUUAUUAUCCUAACUUUAUAUUUACUUUAUUUCUUUCAUGGUCUUGAGAGUCUUAGCCCUUUAUUUGGGAGAUAUGAUGGAAGUUGUGUGGGGUGGUGGAGGAUGAUUUGCAAGAAUGUCUUACUGACGACACAUUUCUAACUUCAGGUUUAUUUACUAAGGGUGAAUACCUUGCUUUCUUGCUCCUUUUUUUUGUUUUUUGGUUUUUUUGUUUUGUUUUGUGGUUUUUUUUGUUUGGUUGGUUUUUUUUGUUUUGUUUUUGGUUUUUUUUUUUGGCAAGUGCAAAAAUUUAAAAUAUGUGAUUUCUUUCCUGCAAUCAUUUAAUGUCAGAUGUUCUGUUGAUUUUAAUAGGCUCUUGAUCAAGCCUAAAUUAUGUAUUUUGGCUUUUGAGCCCCCAAAAAAGCAUAUUGUUCAGGAAGAAAAUAUAUAAGGCCAUUUGAAAUUAUUCUAAAACCUUGAAAAUUAGCUUCUCUUUCUCUUGCUGUCUCUUAGUAACAUGUUCGUGCAUUUAUUUUGACUGUUUCUUAUGUUUGUUCAUUUCUCUGAAAAGGCAAAAGAGGAAGAGGGUGUCAAGGGCAAGUGUGGAAUCUAAAAAUGUUUUUUAACAUUUUUUUACUUUGCCUAAAUUGUGCAUAGGCAGAGUAGUGUGACCUGUGUUUGGAAACAGACUUGUCCAUCUGCAAAUUGGAAAACAGGCUCUUCCCUGGGGCCAAAAUUUGAGCAAGUGAAAACCCUGGGCAGCCACAGAAGUUUAUACUGGCUGCCCAGCCUGCUUCACUGGGUGCCCAGCUCUUGUUUGGAAAAUUAAUUUCCUAGUGCAAAAAGUCUGAGAUUUUAGACCCUGUCUCUCUUCCCAGCCAUUACUUCAAAGAUUGAUGAGGAUUCCCAUGGCUGUCCAGUCUCAAUUUGCCAAGAUGAUAAUUGUAAUGGCAGAAUAGCUACAUCUGUGGGCCUUGCCUUGUGUUCCUAAAAAAAAAAAUCUCUCUUUGGGAUAUGCCAGACUAAGUCUUUCAAAAUCAGAAAUUGUACUGAUCUAUAUGGCACUUGAUGGCCUAUGGAUGAAAACUACUACCUACAUACUAAGAAUUAUUUAUUGUUAUUUUUGUAGAAGCCUGUUCACUUAUUUGUGCAAAGCACAUACACUAAAUAAGCGUCAGCAUCAGUAGAAAGACUUUCAGAGAUUGGUACAGCCACAUUCCAAAUCCUCCAAGAAGUAAAUUGUGGUUUUGUGAGCUAUAUUGGAUAAACAUUUUCUCUUCAUAUACAGUAUCAAUAAUGUCUACAAAUAUGGAGUAUACUUACAUUAAAUGGGCUUUGCAGUUGAUUAAAUGAUUUAACUUUACUUCAACAUUUAAUCAACAGCAAAAGCUGAUUAUUGCUUUGUCCCAGAGAGUAAAAUUGGUUUUUAUGGAGACAUUCUUGUACCCAGGUUACUUCUGUGGUUACUCUGUAGAAGCUAUUCUGUACUCAGCUGUAGCUCACAAUCCAGUUUGGACAUUAGAGCCUGGCUUAUUGAGAGAAGGAAUGUUGAUAUCAUUACACUGUUGACUGUAUUCCAUUAUUGCUUAUAUAUAAGCUGUAAAAUGUCUCAUGCUACAAUUAUGAUGAAUCCUUCUUUGGCAUCCAACUUUAAAACAAACCUGAAGCAACUGCGAAGAAAACAGUGGGUAUUUGUUUUAAACAGAAGCCUUUUUUUAUAAUUGUAUUAUAUUUUUAGGAUUUUUAAUUAGAGUAUCACUGGCUGCUACGUAAUUUGAUAGGGCAUAAUAGGACUGUGCCAAAAGUACAUGCAAAUCAUUAGUAGUUUCAGAUUAAUGGCUGAUCAAUUUGCAUAGUAUCUAUUCUGAAAUUAAAAGAAGAACUAGAUUGUCUCCAAAAUAGCAAAUUAAAUCAAUAUCAUAUGUUCCAUUAAAAAAAAAAAAAAAAUUUAAAAAAAAAAAAAAAAAGAGAUAAAAGGCUCAGAAUCCUUCCCAGGAGUUGGAUCAAACCUCUGUGAAGCUGAUUGGAGACCUUGCAUUAGAGAGCACCAUGCAAGAGGCCAGCAUUCUGCUGGGAUAAAAGUUGCUUGCUCUUUUUUGCUCAAGAACCAAAAUAAUCAAAUGCAAGGCAGGGUCUGCCCAGCCUGGCCUGGAAUUGUGUCCCUGGUAACCCAGGCUCCUGGCUAGCAAGCACUGCAUCACUACCUUGGCAUACCUCGGCUGCUGAGGAAGAAAGCCUUGCCCCCAUGUAAAGCCCUGAGAGCUGGAGCUGGUCAGGGAGGUUAAACCCUUCUGGUCCAUGUAUUCAGCAACUGAGGGGACGUACUGAGAGUCAGCAGCUGGUCUGACCAGAAAUUACUCGGUCUCCAUGAAGCAGGUCUGAAAGGCCCAUGGUGUUGCUAUUCCUGGUCAAUAAGCUGAGACAGCACAACAGAGUGCAGCAUCCCCAAAAGUCCCAGCUGGAGCCAAGCUAGCUGCAGGGUGCUGUGCCAAGAAGAGCAUGUUUCACUACAUAGGGCACAACAUCCUUUUUGAUUACCUCCUCUGCUGCAGGACCCAGGAGUGUGCAGCUCUGAGUGUCUGUCACUGGAGCACGAAGAGGCAAAACCAUCUAAGCAGAAAGAGCAGUGCUCUUUGCCAGCAUUCAGGUGCCGGUGGGGCUGCAGGGCAGGGUGGGGGGAGGCAGACCUGGGCUUCCCUCUCCCACCUCUCCACCUCAGCAGAGGGGUCUGCCCUGCCAGCCCUGCAGUACCUGCUGGGGGCAUCCACAGACGUGGCAGGUGGAUGGACAUGGGUACCCCCAGAAUUUCUCUGCUGUUCCUCAGUGAAUUGGUGCUCUCACCCAUCGGUUUGAGAUGUGACUCAGCUGGUCACUACCAGCCUCUGACUGUAAGUUGUUGAUGUCUAUGGUUGUAUCAAUACUAUCUUCUGCUAUUAAAAAAAAAUAUAUAUAAGCACCUUUUUUCUAAUUAAAAAAUAGGUUUCUUAAUAGUCUGGCCCUUUAUAGCACCCAAGAAGAAAGUUAAUUCAUCAUGAACUAAUGUGAAUGCUAAAACAUAAUUUUUUAAUUAUUCUUCUUAUUUUAAUUUACAGACUGAAUGUUCUCCAUUUUCAUGCUAGCACUUAGUACUGCUAGAUGCUAUUGUAAGUUUUUAAAAAUGUUCCAUUAUUUAGGAAACCAUCUAGUAGUAUAUGUGUACCUGUUUGUAAAUUAGAUUUUCAUAUCUCUGUCAGUAUGUCCUAAUGUAGCAAUAUAAAAACAUGUAAGUGUUGCUUUUUAUGCUUUUAAGCCAGCUGCAUGUCACUCUUUUUGGCAUUGCUAUUUUUAUGAAAUAAUUACUGGUCUGUGAAUUUUUCUUGUAGAAUUUUUGUCAUUAUUGAAAGGUCAUGCAAGAGUUUGUGAAGUGCUCUUAAUUUUGCGAACUCACAAUUUGUAUAUAGCUGAACAAUGGCUAGGUUUUACUUUAACAGUUAAUAUCCAUUGUUUAGGCUCCUAGAUCAACUAAGGUACUUCUGAGCAAGAAAACAGAAAUUUCAUUAUUUUAAUAAUCUAACAUCUUAAAGGAAUUUUGUAUUUCAAAGGCACAAUAAAAAGGAAUAUAUCUAUUUUAAUAUUGAA